GUCGUAUUGUUGUGAGCUGACUAGAUAAUGAGAAAGUGUAAAGUCCAGCCUGCAGCUGUGUGAACAGUGAGUUUGUGUGGAUCGACAUGGACGAACAGAAGAAGAAGAAGAUUCUGUGUGUGGGUCUGGUGUGUCUCGACAUCAUCAACGUGGUCGACAAAUACCCAGAAGAAGACACAGACAGCAGGUGUUUGUCGCAGCGCUGGCAGCGAGGAGGAAACGCUUCCAACUCCUGCACGGUGCUGUCGCUGCUCGGAGCGCCGAGCGCCUUCAUGGGCUCUCUGUCUGCCGGACCUGUGGCCGAUUUUAUUUUGGAGGAUUUUCAGAAGUUCCAUAUCGAUGUGUCUCUGGUGUCUGAGCACGCUCAGUGUGUCCUUCCAGCCUCUGUGGUCGUCAGCAACAUCAGCACAGGAAGCCGCACCAUCCUGCACAUGAACAGUUUCAUCAUGGCCGACUUCUCGCGCUGUGCAGUCGAUGUCUCCGCGGUGGUUUGGCAGAUGGAAGGUCAAACUCCGUCUGCGUGUUGUGUUGUCUGUCCGUCCAGCGGAUCUCGAACCGUCUUGCUCUACGACACGAACCUUCCUGAUGUCACAGCGGAGGAGUUCUCCAAAGUCGAUCUGCAUCAGUUCAAGUGGAUCCACUUAGAGGGCCGUAACGCUGAGGAUCAGGUGAAGAUGAUCCAGCAGGUCGUGAUGUUUAACAGCACGUUGCCUCGGCAGCAGAGGAUCACCGUCUCCGUUGAGAUAGAGAAGACCAGAGAACCGCUGUAUCAGCUGUUUCCUCACGGUGACGUGGUGUUUGUCAGUAAAGACGUGGCCCAUCACUUCGGCUUCCUGUCGGCUGAAGCCGCUCUGAAAGGACUCUACAGUCGGGUCAAACAGGGGGCUGUCCUGGUAUGUGCCUGGGCAGAAAAAGGAGCGGAUGCUUUGGGUCCAGAUGGUUCGGUCGUUCAUUCAGAUGCGUUUCCUCCUGAAGCUCUCGUCGAUACUCUCGGAGCCGGAGACACUUUCAACUCUGCCGUCAUCUACACGCUGUCCAACGGUGGAAGUCUGCAGGACGCACUGACCUUCGGCUGCAGAGUCGCCGGCAGGAAGUGCGGUUUCCACGGUUAUGACGGCAUCGCUGAAAACUUUGGCGACUGACUGAAGAGUUUAAAACAGACGGAUUCAAAGAACUGUGGUGAAGGUCUGAGGUCACUCACACUGUAAAAGAUGAUGAGUUAAAAACAAACACUUAUUUUUUAUGAAAUAAAAACAAACUCAUGAUUUUAUUCAGCACUCAAAUUACAAUAAAUUCUAUUUAAUUAUCAGUUUGAAAAGUGAAUCUUCGUAAAAACUGAUUAUCACAUCAAGUGUCUGAGCUGCUAAUUAACUGUUAACUAAUUAAAGUGACAACAGACAGGUAUUUUGCUCGAACUUAUCAUUAUGAAGUAUGACGCGCGUCGCGAUCUCCCGGGAAAUGAAGGCUCGAUUUGCGGCACAAAGAAAGAGUAUAGCGCUUUAACUGUGUCCAUACUUGUAAAGGCAAUAAAAUAAUAACUAAGAUUAGAGCUACAGGUCUUCUGUUCUUACCUUUCAAAAUAAAAGCCUUAGACAUAUGCGCUGCAUUACUCGUUUACCAGAGAGCAUUCUGCUAAAAGACAACUCAACAAAUUAGCUUAGCAUAGCUAUCCCCAGUUAGGCGAAGUGAUGGACUUAGAAAAGCUAGUUAAAGUUGAAACUAUAACUGCUUUAAUACAGAUUAAUAAACUUGAGAAGAGAAAAUAAUUAAUAUAAGUAAUAACAGAUAAAUGAUAUGUUACUAAUUGAUCUUUAGCUGAUAUUACAACUAUUACAAUAACUAUUAACAAGCUGCUAAUACAAUAGUCGAGUGUUAAUUAACUGUUUGAUGUAGUGGCUUUAAAUGAAGUAACAUUCACUUAAAGUGAUUUCAUUGCUGUAUGUUUUUUGUUUUUACCUGAUGAGAAUAAAAUCUGUCACACAAAUAAAUUACGUUAUUGAAA